AUGGAGCAAAAAAGUGCUUCUUCAGUUAGAACUGAUUACCGGCGAGUCAAGCGGUUUCGCUCAUUUCAACAAGCUGAUUACAUCGAAAAUCUACCUGAAAGUGAAUUUAUAUCUAGAGAUUCUCUCGAUAGCGAUUCGAUUGAUUCAAUUCAAUCAGAUUCUAAUCCAAGGGAAUUCUCUGAUAGUGAAUCAGAAAUUUUCACCGCUGAAAAUCAGAGUCUCGAUGAAAAGUCACCAAGCCUUAAAGAGUAUGGCCAAGCUGUUAUGUCUGCUUUGUUAUCUGAAGUAGGUUUGAAUCUCACCGAGGCAGAGUCUACGGUUAACUUAUUCAAUAACAUGAAUAAAAGGUUCUCGAAAGAUCCAAUUAUUUUACCAUCAAUAAGAUACUUUCAUGAUAAAAGAUCUAAAAAGAAUCCCGUUGAUUGUUACAUUAUUUGUCCUGAAGGACACAACCAUGGACCUUUCUCCGGAGAACCAAAAAGUUUUGGUGGAUUCAACUGCAAUGGAAAAGAGUGUCCAGCUAAAUUAGAGCAAGAAAAAUACUUUCUCCAUAUCAGCUUUCGCAGACAAUUGGAAACUCACCUUUCAACAAUUUCAAUCAUGGAUCUUGACAAUGGAAAUUUAGAAUCUUCGAUUACAGAUAUACAUCAAGCCGCUCAAGCAACAAAGAUAAAAAGUAAUUGUUCUUCUGGUGUGGAAAAACUAACUCUUUCUCUUCAUUCUGAUGAAGUACAAGUUGGUGUUAGUUCAUCGCUGAAAAUUUUUCCAUUGUUCAUUUCUAUCAAUGAGUUACAACCAAUAUUCAGAAAAUCUCACUUUUUUUUAGUAUCUUUAUAUGUUGGCAGAACUAAACCUAGUGUGAAUAACUUUCUUUCUCCAAUCUGUAACGAGUUAAAAGAUCUUGAAUGUAAUCCAUUAUUCUGGACAGACAAAAAUUCGUUGGCUCGCAAAUCAACUUUCCAUGUGAUUGGUCUGAUCGCUGAUGCUCCAAUGAGAGCCUAUUUAAGAAGUGUAAGACAAUAUAAUCAUCUCAACGGAUGCGAUUGGUGUUUGGUUCAGGCAACAUCAUCAAAUGGAGCAAGAGUUUUUCCAAACUCUCAGAAUCAAAAUUCACUCAACAGAACAAAAAGUGAUUUCAUAAGAUUCAAACAACAUAUUGAAAUCUCGAAUAAUGUUUCUAUUCCUGGUGAAUCUUCGUUUCCUAGAUUCAAAGGCUUGGUUGGGAUAUCACCGCUACUCGAAUUGGAUUCUUUCGAUAUUGUAAACGGUGUUAGUGUGGAACCUAUGCAUUGCAUAGCCCUUGGUAUACUCAGAUCUUUGAUUCUACGUGGUUGGUUAGGCCAAGAUAAUCUUAAUCUAUUCGAACGGAAUAUUGACAAAAGUUCUUUCAAGAAAUGUUUAUCAGAAAGAUUGAAAACGAUUUCUGUCCCAUCGGAAUUUGGAAGAGCACCAAGAGAUUUGGAUCAUAUCAAAUAUUGGAAAAGUGCUGAAUUUGAUAGUUUUCUCGUCUAUUAUUUCAUUCCAGCAACCAAGGGUUUAUUGAAACCAAAAAUUAUCAAUCAUGUUAUCUGUUUAGUGAGGAUCUAUUACUUGUCAAAUCGUGGGCCGAUUGAAGAUUCAACCAUUUCGGAAUUGAGAAAAUUGAUUCACGAAUUCCAACAAGGAAUAUCAAUUUACUAUGGAUCAUCUUUCCAGACUUACAAUCUACACAUUCUAUCACACCUUCCGGAUUCUUUGCUCAAUCUUGGUCCGAAUGGCAAUUUUUCUUCAUAUGCUUUGGAAAAUUACAUGGGUGUGCUCAAAGAAAAAGUGAGAAGAACCUCUAAUAUUGCUCCAUCUUUAGUUAGAACAUUUAUCAAUGAUUUCAAAUACUUUGAAACACUAGAGGUUGAAAUUUCCCGUUGGAAUUUGACUGAAAAUGAAAAGAAAACGUUUGGACUGUUUUCCAAGUAUCACAGCUAUUCCAAAAAGGACAUAAUUCUUAAAGACGACACUUCUUUCAAUCAAGAAAAGUGGUUAAGGGUUGUGAAAGAAGAGAUCGAUGCGAAUCUCACAAUCAAUGAUCUUUUUUUCAUUAAGACAAUGUUUUCUAAUGGUACUCGAUUCUCAACUAAAAGAUACUGUGUUGAAAAGAAAAGAGAUGAUUCAAUCAUUAAGUCAACGUCUUCCGAAUUCUAUCAGAUCAAACAAAUUGUUCGCAUCAAAGGAAAAAUCUUCUUUCUCUGUCGCCAAUUCACUGCAUCAGGAAUCAAAAUUCCAUUAACUGGAAUCACUGGAAAACUAAUGAUUAAUAUUGAUCAUAUUUUCGAGACGAGUCACAUCAAAGAUUCAAAAAUUAAGGUGUUAGAGUUUCACUCUGGACUGAAAAAAAGCUUCUUGAUAAGAAGUUCCAAUUUUAGCUUUAAAUACGCUAAAAAUUUCUUGGUAGAACCAUUUUUGAUCAACUUCUAAUUCUGGUCACAGAAUCUUUUUUCAGUGUUUAUUGUGAUUCUUUUCAUCGAUUAUUUCUCCUCAAAUACGAUUAUUUUUAUCAAUUUAUGUGUCAAUAGUACCUCAAGAACAAGAAUUAAUGAGAUUUGUGAACGAAAAUCAUCAUUUUAAAUUGAAUUAAUUGAAAAGUGAAAUUUUCUAUUUAUAUUGCGUGGAAAAAGCUAUCAACAUCAACAGAUUCUAGUGAACUCUUUUUUGCCAAUUAAUUUGUGAUUAUUUCAGUGUGAAUUUUGUUUUCAAUUAGUAAUCAAAUUAUUAUAUUCAACAAUCAACCUUCAACAAUUAAAGUUUUCAACGAAUCAGAAUCAGCAGUUAAAAACAAUUAGUAAUAAAU